AUGACGACAAUGGAUCUCCGUGUCGGCAACAAGUACCGUAUUGGCCGCAAGAUUGGCAGCGGCAGUUUCGGUGACAUCUACCUUGGUACCAAUAUCAUCUCCGGCGAGGAGAUUGCUAUCAAGCUCGAGAGCGUCAAGGCCAAGCACCCCCAGCUCGAAUAUGAAGCCAGAGUCUACAAGUCCCUGGCCGGCGGUGUCGGCAUUCCCUUUGUGCGUUGGUUCGGCACCGAGUGUGACUACAAUGCCAUGGUCUUGGACCUCCUCGGGCCCAGCUUGGAGGACCUUUUCAACUUCUGCAACCGCAAGUUCUCUCUGAAGACGGUGCUCCUGCUCGCCGACCAGCUCAUCUCCCGCAUCGAGUACAUCCACGCCAAGUCCUUUAUCCACCGUGAUAUCAAGCCGGACAACUUCCUCAUGGGCAUUGGAAAGCGUGGCAACCAGGUCAACGUGAUCGAUUUCGGUCUGGCCAAGAAGUACCGUGACCCAAAGACCCACUUCCACAUCCCAUACCGUGAGAACAAGAACUUGACUGGCACUGCCCGCUAUGCCAGCAUCAACACCCAUUUGGGUGUCGAACAAUCUCGCCGUGACGACAUGGAGUCUCUCGGAUACGUUAUGCUCUACUUCUGCCGUGGCUCCCUUCCUUGGCAGGGCCUGAAGGCUGCUACCAAAAAGCAGAAAUACGACCGUAUCAUGGAGAAGAAGAUGACAACUCCUACCGAAGUCCUCUGCCGCGGCUUCCCCAACGAGUUCGCCAUCUACCUGAACUACACCCGCUCGCUCCGCUUCGACGACAAGCCCGACUACAGCUACCUCCGCAAGAUCUUCCGUGACCUCUUUGUUCGCGAGGGAUUCCAAUACGACUAUGUCUUCGACUGGACCGUCUACAAGUACCAGAAGAACGCCCAGGCCAUUGCCCAGGCUGCCAACCAGGGCCAGGUCGAUGACUCCGAUGACAAGACUGGCCGUGGCCGUCAUGUCACCGCCGCCACCAACGCCGCCACUGGCGGUACUCCUGCGACUGGUACUGUCAACGAUAAGCGUCGGGGUCCCGUCAAUCCGCGUCAAGAGGGCACUGGAAUGUGA